UUGUUCUCUUCAAUAUUUGUUUUUUGUCUUUUAAAGGUUAAUGGCUAUGGAUUCGGUAUAGCAGUAAGUGGAGGACGCGACAAUCCACAUUUCAAAAGUGGUGAUACGUCGAUCGCUGUAUCAGAUGUUUUGCAGUCCGGACCGGCAUUAGGUCUUUUGCAGGUUAAUGACCGAAUCGUUUUCGCCAAUGGCGUAAGCUUGGAAAAUGUCCACUACAAUACCGCAGUGCAAAUAAUGAAAGACUGUGAUCACAUGGAUUUGAUAGUUAAACGUCGGGUUCCCAUACCAGUGCUGGAGUAUGAUCAGCGCACUCUUAAGUUCACGCUGACUAAGUCCCGAAAGAAAGACGAUUUUGGCAUCGUUCUUGGAUGUAAAUUUUAUAUCAAAAAUAUAACAAAUGCGAAACUCGUUGAAAAGGAGCCCGGCUUGAAAGAAGGAGAUGUAGUUCUCAAAAUCAACGGCGAGAGCUGCGACCAGUUGACUCUAGCAGAUGCGCGCAAGAUGUUAGAGAAAUCUCGCGACUGCAUUUCCUUGAUCGUGCAGCGUGACGUUCCUCGCGGUACGAAGUGGCGAUGGCCAAGCCAAACGCCACAAUUCAUUGCUGAAUGUAAGCAGAAAAUCCAUGGUCUUCUGUCAGAUACACCAAUCCACAGUCCUACUCCGCGGCACAUAUGGACUUUCGAUCGCAAACUCUCGCGGACGACUUGUCCUUGUCCUGUAACUAAAAUUACGAAUUCGUGCGUGUGUGUAGCUACGAAUUCAUUUGCAGGUCCGUCUUCGUCCAGAACCGUCACGCCUUCUGAUGCACGCGUCGUCUCCUUCAACAAAGAAGGAGGUAGCGUUGGUAUCCGAGUUAUUGGCGGCAACGAGGUCGGCAUUUUCGUGUCGGCAGUGCAACCAGACUCGCCGGCCGCUUUGAAAGGCGUUAAGCAGGGCGACAAAAUCUUGCGGGUUAACAACAAAGGAAUGAUUGCUGUGACACGCGAAGAAGCGGUGUUGUUCUUGCUGGCUCUUCAGGAUCAGGUUGAAAUGCUGCUGCAGUACAAAAAGGAGGAAUACGAUUACAUCAGGAGUCAAAACAUAGGCGACAGCUUCUUUAUAAGAACGCACUUCAAUUGUGAUAAGCCAGAGAAUGGUGACUUGGCAUUCAGCAAAGGCGACAUUUUCCAAGUUACCGACACACUUUUUGGUGGUACUGUUGGCAAAUGGCAAGUUGUUCGCGUGUCUUCCCCUUCGUCUGGUAGUAAAGCUGAAGUCAACCCAUGUAAAGGUGUGAUCCCGAAUGCUACUAGCACGGCAGCACGACGAUGGCUGCUGAAGAUCGACAUGAAGAUUACCAAGCAUAAGACUUCAACGCUGAUGCGGCGGAAGAUCACCAACGGACGCCGGUCAAAGUCGUUGACUAAGGCUCACUGGGACGAGGUCGUUUUCUCUCAUGGAACCGUUAAAUUCCCUCCUUAUGAACGCGUUCGUCUGCGACAUCCAGGCUUCAGGCGACCUGUUAUUAUUUACGGUGGCUUGUCGGACAUCGCUCGAGAGAAGCUUUUGCAAGACCCCUCUCGCGACUUCGCCGCUGCUUCUGGCAUCGUUCGUCUCAAGAACAUCAGAGAGGUUCGAGCAGUAAUGAACAAAAAUAAACACUGUAUCUUGGACGUGACACCAAGCUCCGUCGAGAAAUUGCUAUACGCGCAGUAUUGUCCGAUAGUUGUUUUUCUAAAAGUGGACGGUCGAUCUCGUUUGCGCGAACUACGCAAGAAACACUCGAAGAUUGCAGCGUCGAAGAGUUGUAGCAAAAUUUCUGAUGUGGCGGCUAAGAUUCAGAAAUCAUAUGGAUACCUGUUCACGGCUGUUCUCGAUGCUACUCACGAAGAUCACUGGUUUGAGGCUUUGCGGGAGCUGAUCGCGCAUCUGCAGGAACGGAGAGUUUGGAUGUCGGAGAUGAAACCAACUGAUCUGCUUGAUGAUGAUUUUUUGACUCCGUCGAUCAUUCACUACGAACUAACCAAACAUGCUAACAAAGUAGGCUCCCAUGUACAGGCAGCAUCAGGACUAGCCUCUAGUACUGAUAAACAACUAACCUUUUCAAAUGAGGAACCUGGAGGAGCGUUAUUGAGCAGCUGCUGGAAAUGCUUAGCCCCUCUUUCAAGACUUUAUUGGAUACGGUGGACUUGGUCCGGAUUUAUUGACACUACCUCGCCAUUACAUCGACUGAUUAUCAUUGCCAUGCCAUUCCAUUAG